AUGGCGGAGAGAGCUGGCUUUGGGAUCCCCAAAAGCAACUUACGUCCUGUAGGCUCACUCCCACCAGAGCCUAUCGAUAUCAUCCGUACCAAGGCCCGAUCCAGAAGAGUCCGCAUCAAUGUUGGGGGUCUUGUCCACGAGGUCCUAUGGAGGACACUGGACCGUCUCCCCAGGACCAGGCUGGGUAAACUCAGAGACUGCAAUACCCACGAAACCUUAAUGGAGAUCUGCGAUGAUUACAGCUUGACUGAUAACGAGUACUUCUUCGAUAGGCACCCAGGAGCGUUCUCCUCCAUUCUGAACUUUUACAGAACAGGGAAGCUGCACAUGAUGGAGGAGAUGUGCGCCCUGUCCUUCGGCCAGGAGCUUGACUACUGGGGUAUAGAUGAGAUCUACCUGGAGUCCUGCUGCCAGGCCAGGUACCACCAGAAGAAGGAGCAAAUGAACGAGGAAUUGAGGAGGGAGGCUGAGUCGCUCAGAGAAAAGGAUGGGGAGGAGCCGGAAGAAGGCUGCUGUCCAGACAAGAGACAGAAGCUGUGGGACCUCCUUGAGAAGCCUAGCUCUUCUCUUGCUGCUAAGUUCCUGGCCUUUGUCUCCGUAUUCUUCAUCGUUCUAUCAACAAUCUCAUUAUCACUCAAUACCUUGCCGGAGCUACAAGUCGUUGAUGAGUUUGGCCAGUUCAAUGACAAUCCCAGCCUAGCGCAUGUUGAAGCUGUGUGCAUCGCCUGGUUCACGAUGGAGUACCUCCUCCGCUUCCUCUCUUCUCCUGACAAGUGGCAGUUCAGCAAAGGCCCACUGAACGUCAUUGAUUUACUCGCUAUCCUGCCCUACUAUGUAACUCUCUUCCUGACCGAAUCCAACAAGAGUGUUCUGCAGUUCCAGAAUGUCAGACGAGUGGUCCAGAUAUUUCGUAUCAUGAGAAUCUUGAGAAUUCUAAAACUGGCCAGACAUUCCACUGGACUGCAGUCCCUUGGGUUCACCCUUCGGCGCAGUUACAAUGAAUUGGGUCUGUUAAUAUUGUUUCUGGCUAUGGGUAUCAUGAUCUUCUCCAGCCUGGUAUUCUUUGCUGAAAAAGAUGAAGAUGCCACAAAAUUCACUAGUAUUCCAGCUUCAUUCUGGUGGGCUACCAUUACCAUGACAACUGUAGGUUAUGGGGACAUAUAUCCACAAACUCUUCUUGGUAAAAUAGUCGGUGGGCUCUGCUGUAUUGCAGGUGUAUUGGUCAUUGCAUUGCCCAUCCCCAUCAUUGUGAACAACUUCUCAGAGUUUUACAGAGAGCAGAAGAGACAGGAGAAAGCCAUCAAGAGGAGAGAGGCCUUGGAGCGGGCCAAGAGGAAUGGCAGUAUUGUUUCUAUGAAUCUGAAAGAUGCGUUUGCUCGCAGUAUGGAGCUGACGGAUGUUAUGGUGGAGAAAGGUGACGAGAAACGGCCGAUGGAUAACCAUCUCUCGCCUAGUAGGUGGAGCAGUAGGCACGGCAACUCUGAGGUUAGUCCAAAAUCCCAGGCGAGGUAUAAAGAGGUUGCUCAACUGGGAUCUCCAGAUAGGGUCAAUCCACCAAGAACCAGCCCACAGCACCUGAACGCCCAGAUAUUGGAGGAGAUGUACAACAAGAUGACGACCACUGCCAACAUUGGCUCUGGAGCUCCACAUGAACAAGGACAGAAGCUUGAGGAAGUAAUGGAAAUGAAGGUAGUGUCUUCUGGACUAAAGCCCCCCCCAAUCAAGGAACGAGCCAUGGGUGACCUCAGGAGCCCAUCCAGUGUGGACAGCUUUGCCAGCUGCACUACGGAGUUCACUGUGGCAGAGAGCAGUUCCCUCCUCCCCAACGUAGCAGGACGGAGAGCUCCUCAUCCCCUCGACCUCAGCCAGAUCACCUCUGUGGAACCAAAAACCACAGGCAAAGUUCAGCCGGCCACCAUCAUCAAGGAGGGUCUUUAUGAGUUUGUCUCAAGCAAUCCAGAGGGGGCCUCACAGGGGGAGGAUAAUCAAAGCUUUGACAUGAGCGUCGAAAGCAUCCGCAGUUCUCUCAGAGGCAACAACCCACAGAAGACAAAAUCUCUCAAAGUCAAUUUCAAUGAAUCUCAGGGAGAGGUGCCAUUAACACCUCCCAGCACUAAGUCCCCUCAGUCUCUCAGUGCAACUCUGUCUCCACCAGGAUACCAGCCCUCCCCACCCCCAGGCCAGGGCCCGGUGACCAGCCCAUGGUCUCCAGGACAGUCAGGCCAAAGAGAGGAUGGAGCCCAGGGCUUAGAGGGAGAAGGUCCGCCUUCCAUUUUAAGCCAUAGUGGGAAUCACAUGGACAGGGCCGCCGUCUUCAGCCCUUUGUCACCUAAAUCCCUCAACUGCACUACUCAGGAAGUGGUCGUCGCCGGCAACGGGGAAAGAGAGACAGGCAACAGCCAAAAGGAAAACCACAUAGUUCUGGAUGGAAGUCUAUCUCCACCUUGUGAAACAAGCAUGUGA